AUGGGUACCUUCGGGCUGCGUCGUCAACUUUUAACUGGUGCCCACGAGGUCGAGGACUCCCACUGCGUGCAAGGGAGUCGCGUCUCUUCUCGCUUUGGUUCGAGCCAUAUAACGCCCACAAACAGUUCUCAAUACCUAUCACCUCAGGCAGAACAUGGAUACUAUGAUCACCGUUUGAGCUCGGGUACAAGUCGCUUCACGCUUUCCGCCUACUUGUCGCCAAGAAAGAAGAAAACCUCAGAGACUUGCUCUCUGCCUAGCUCGCCUCGCUCCCCGGGCAGUUCUACCUGGACUACACCUUUCUCCUCCUCGGAUACUCUAAGCCUGCCGGACACUUAUCGCCGCUCCCCCUCCAUAGGUGCAUCGUUGUCCACCAUAGUAUUUGCCGCAGGGUCUGCCGCGUCACCCACCCUGUCGGCCAGUAUCGUUACCGAAGCGCAGCUGUACGCGUCCAGGCACCGACAGCACGCUGGUUCUUCGGCUUCCACGUACGCGAACCAAGCGGACUUUCCGGCUAGUUCUGCCAGGUCCCCCGAACUAGGACACUCACGCACGUCGAUCUUCCUCCCGGUAAUCAGUCGGCCCAAUAGUCCCUUGUCUGGUCCUGUUCUCACUCGCGACGGCCCUCGGAUCCGUACAUGCUCGACGGGCUCUGCUGACUCUGGACGUUCUGGACGUUCUGCGUGUUCCGCAAGGAGUAAUCUGUCUUCUCGGUCGACACGCUCAGUUCUGAUUGGCCCGCCUGUGAACUCUUCUAGCGAGCCUGAUGCUACAGUGCCCGGGCUCCCUCCUGUGUUGUCCUGGCUACAGAAUGUCCGCCCCGAAUUAUGGAUUGACCAAGAGGGAUUCCGCCUUGUUAGACCAGUCUUCAAGCUUUCUGGCUAUGCGACUCCUUCCCACACUGACGGCGGCGACUCGGACUUGGUCAAUUCACUGACCAAUGGAUCUGCUGAGUUCCGUCUUGCCGAAACCCAAUCAUUCGUUUUCCACCAUGGUACCUUGGACCCACCACCCGUCCUCAGGAAACUUACUCUCGCUGAUGACGAGAGUCGUGACUAUAUCUCGCGACAAGCCUCGCUCGCAGUCAAGGCGGAUGGUGUUUACUCCGUCUCAGGUAUCGAGAGCUUCGAGUCCAACACCUCAAAUACACUCUAUCAGACAAACCUAGCUUCUCAUCACCGACCGCUGAAGCUGACCUGGCGUUUUGAAUAUCGUGUCGAAGACGCCACUGCCAAGAUGCGCGCCGGUGAGAAGAUCCUGAUUCCCCUCUCGUUCUCCUGUUCUCCGGGCCUUCUGCAUCCUACACAUGGCAAGAAAAUCAAGAUUAUACAAGUCGUCAAGAAGGGUCUCGCACCUAAGCUGGCCUCGGAGAAGCUCGACAUGCCACCGGCUGACGUUCGCGUCCGCGUACAAACGGAGCCCCCCAGCGAAAUACCGCACAUUCGCCAUGCCCUGCACGACGAAGACCGUUUCGGCAUUGUGCAUGCUGGUCUCGAUCUGGCCUCGAGACACCGCAGGGUUCAGUCGACGUCCGCUCAGCCUCUCGUCCUGAAGGCGAAGGAGGACGGCGCCGAGGGCAACAGGAGCGGAUCCAAGAAGACCAAAUCCGCGUCGCUUGUAGUCGACUGGUCUAGUUCGCGUACCGAAGCGCAUCUCGAACGGCAGUUUGUAGUCGGCGAUCCUCUUAUGUCGUUCCUCGCUGCGAAUAGCUGCAAUGAUACCGGUAGAACGGACGCUCAUCAAAUUUCGCGCCACAUUUUGCCUCCGACGCAGCUGUCAGACAUGCUGGACAAGCGGCCGAACCUUUGUGUACUUUCGGAUUCAUCCAAUUAUACCGUCGGAUACGAUAGCUACAGAGCAAAGCGACACAGCUCAGGAUACGCGGAUACGCAAUAAGUAACAGCAGCAAAUUAUCCCAUUCAUGAAAAGAGAUUACGCUAUGGUAGGUAGUCUGGCGGACUCGAUAAGGUCCUCUCAAUCUGAGGGGAUGGGGAAACAUGCACACGGUGAGUGCGAGAUACACGGCCGGACGAAGACCCUGUAUCGAUUCUUGAAUCUUCCGCUUCCUCUGGCGGUAGCGGUGGCGCAGAAGGACCGAGACCAAGCUGCAGCUCGUCUUCUUCAUCGAUAAGAGGCGGCGCACAUGGUACAGCAUUCAUGUCGAUGCUGCUGUCAUGGUCCGGGGCGCUAGGCCCAAACGGAGGCGCUGGAGAGCGAAAAUCGUCGCCGUUGAGAGCAUCGUUUUCGAAUAGGGAAGGGUAUUCGUAGAACCCUGAGGUAACAAAUUGUGCCUUUGAAGGCGGGGCAGGGAACAGCGGCGGUUGGGGCGACGGCUCGCGUGAGUAAGUCGGGACGGGUGAGACGGCGAGUGAAGGCCGGAGGGAAGACGAUGACGGACUUAGAUUGUUGCUCCAGACAACUGCUGGACCUUUCCCGUCAUUACUUUCCAUUGUCCCCAACUCCGCGACGGACUCCGCUUCCAGUUCGUCAAUGACUGGUACGGAUGGACCGGGCCCAAAUGCUAUGCAAUGGGAAGGAUCUUCUGCGGAACGAUCGUCGGUAGGCGGCGAGCUGACGAAAGCGGCCAUGCGCGCCAAAAGAUUCUUGUCGUCGGUGGCUAUAUGCGCGGUCGAGACACGAUUGUCGCUCGAGAAUGUGGCCGACAUGUGCAAUGGUAAAGUGCCUCCCGCAGAAAUCAAGCGCUCGGUAGAGUUGACCGCCUGACUUGAGGCACCGUUAGGAUAGUCUGGAGGUAGGAUCGGCUCUUCUUCGUGUGAAAUGUCGUCGGGAAGAGGUCGUCGCUCCCCUGAGCACGGAGUUUCUGCGUCAGGACGCUGCAAGUCAAGUGAGGGCGCGGCGGAAUAUGAGGUGGAUACCACCUCAACAGCGCUGGAUGACGAGGGGUCGUCCCCGUGCAGCGUCACUGCGGAUCGAGCGUCAUCUGUAAAACUCGCCCUCCGGGACGCGGUAGGGUAGGUACUACCACCUGUGGACGAUGAUGUACUCGCUCGCUUCCGUCGACGCCUGGCCGCAAGCUUUAUAUUUGGCCUGAACCGAGCCGUUGCUUUGACCCAUAGCCUACGCUGCUGCGCGCGCGCACGCUGUUUCUCGUCAAUUUCCAUGUCAGAAUCGUCGUCCACUAAGCGCUGCUUGUACGGUUUUUUCUCUAGGUCUUUCGACAUGCCACGUCGUUUGCGGCGCCAGGCCACGCAACCGAAGAUAAGUGCGCAGAUGAAAAGAGCGAGAAAGACGGCGAGGAUGGGGAUAUAUUGGGAGAUAGCCUCUUUCUUUAGCGUACGAUUCCAGCCUGGGGGUAGGUCGGCUGUCAUGUCGGUUGGUGUAGGACUCGCGGAUGAAGCCGAUGGUAGUUGCGUGGGACCCGCCUGGUCGUCUUCUUCUUGUAUCGGCCCUGUAAUCUGUGGAACACCGCUGCUACUUGUGGAGCACUGCACAGCAGUCAAUA